GCAACAUGCGAGCCCCCGUUCCGAGACAUCCUCCCGGCCAUGGGAACAUGGUUGCGCCACAGCAAGUGGAGCAACAUUAUGGGUGCGAGCGCCAGCGCGAAGAGUGGUGAUAGUGCAGCCAGUGCCCAGCUCGACUCGGAAAACUCGGCUCAUAGUAGCCAGAUCAGCCUGGGUGCGCACCAGGCCACCAUGCCGGUUCGUUGAAUCCAACGCGAUCCUUUCCUCCCUUUUGUUUCCUUUUUGGAGAGUUGAGAUCAAUGCAUGACUUUGGCCAUUGUCAUUUGGAUCUACCCCCUACAUCCUGUCAACCGGCCUGUGAUGAGCUCUCCUUCUCCCUCUCACACAUACACAUACAAUCUCUCUCUCUCUCCCUCUCUAAUCCACCCACUGAACGGCCAAGUCGGCGAGAGCCACUUGUGAUAAUUCUCUGCUGCCUUCUCUUUUACAUAUAUGCGAGGGACAUACGGGGAUAUUUUCCUCCCUUUUUUCCACUAUUUUUUUUCCUGCUCAUUCUGAAUCCGGAGUCAAUGGGAUAUCGCGUCUCUGCAUUUCUUUUCCUUUUUUUUUUUUCUCGUCCCCCUUCACGGUCGCACUUGUUUCGUUUACAUGAGGUUACUCGAGGAUUUCCUAGCCUUGUUUCCUCGUGCUCAUAUCAUACAAUCCCAUCCAUCACCCUCUGGCAUUCAGUUUGCCCAUCAUCAGCGAUGCACUAUAAACCCCAUUUUCCUGCAUGACAACAAACUGUAUACUACCUGACUGGUUGGCCCCAACUUUUAUGAGCCUUUGCAAAUGCUGUGUUUCUGCCUCUCCUAUUCCUGCGUACCUAUCUGACGCCCUCAUUUGUCUGCCUUUUUUUCCCCCCUUACUUUACCGUAUGUACAAGCUGGACGAGGCUACGGUCGUCCAGCGCCUGUGUGAUAAGUGUGU